CAACAGGCUGCAGGGGUGUGGCCCACUGCGCCACCCUCUCCUCCCUGUCCCUGCUGUGCCAGGACUUCUGGACUCCCAAGGAUCUGACAAAUGCGCACCCCCCUGGCUCUCUGAGCCACCCUCUCUACUCUCCCAGCUGCCUGGGAUUCAAGGCACUGAUCUUUGCCAGCCCCCGUGGCCAUUCUUUGCCCACCUGUUGCUGAGUGACUUUCUGAAGUGCCCCUUGAAGGACAGAGAGCUGAUUCUGUCACAACAUCGUUAUACUGGGAAGGGGGUGCAGAAAAUCAGAUUUCUCUCAAUGAGGAAUUUGUCCUGCUGUUAGAAUCCGGAAAGAAGCUUGUCUCGUUGUAGGAGACGUGGCCUUCUGCUUCUCCCUCCCCAUCUGAGAACCAGCCUCGUAACCUUGUGUCACCAUGGUGCACCUCUGUGGCCUCCUAACCUGCCAGGAGGAGCCAGUGCCACUGAAGAGCAUCUCUGUGACCUUGUCCAUUUGUGAGUUUGUGGCUGGUGUGUCUGCAACCUUAAACUAUGAGAAUGAGGAGAAAGUUCCUUUGGAGGUCUUCUUUGUAUUCCCCAUGGAUGAAGACUCAGCUGUCUACAGCUUUGAGGCCAUGGUGGAUGGGAAGAAAAUUCAAGCAGAAUUACAAGAGAAGAUGAAGGCACAUUCCAACUAUGAGAAUGCCAUUAGCCAGGGCCAGCAAGCCUUCCUAUUAGAGGAGGACAAGUGCUCCAGGGAUGUCUUCUGCUGCAACGUGGGGAACCUCCCCCCUGGGUCAAAGGCAGCGCUCACCCUGAAGUAUGUGCAGGAGCUGCCUCUGGAGGCAGAUGGGGCUCUGCGCUAUGUGCUCCCAGCUAUCCUGAAUCCUCGAUACCAGCUCUCUGGUGGGCCUGAGGACAGUUGCCUUAAAAUGAAGGCUCCCGUCGUCCCUUUGGAAGACCUGCCCUACACAAUCAGCCUGGUGGCCACCAUCAGUUCCCAGCACGGCAUUGAGAGGAUUCAGUCUAACUGCACCUUGAGUCCCACUGAGUACCUUGACGAUAAAAAGACUUCUGCUCAGGUUUCCUUGGCUGAUGGACACAAGUUUGACAGAGAUGUGGAACUGCUGAUUUACUACAGUGAUGUGCAUACCCCCAGUGUGGCUUUGGAGAUGGGGAAACCUAUGCAGAAGCCAGAUUCUUUGAUGGGAGAUCCAGCUGCAAUGGUAAGUUUCUACCCAGAUAUCCCAGAAGCUGAGCCAGUUACCUGUGGAGAAUUUGUCUUCCUCAUGGAUUGCUCAGGAAGCAUGCAGGGCCCCAUGAGCAAACAGGAUAAAUCUCAGUCGCGCAUAGAUGCAGCCAAGGAAACACUAACUUUGCUUCUGAAGAGUUUGCCGAUUGGCUGUUACUUCAAUGUCUAUGGAUUUGGAUCAUCUUAUGAAGCUUUCUUUCCGAAUAGUGUGCAGUACACUCAGCAAACCAUGGAGGAGGCCCUGAGGAGAGUUAAGCUUAUGCGGGCUGACCUAGGGGGUACGGAAAUCUUGAUACCCCUCCAGUUCAUUUACAGAGGACCUUCCAUCCCAGGUCACCCCCUUCAGCUUUUUGUCUUCACAGAUGGAGAAGUUACUGACACAUUUAGUGUAAUUAGAGAAGUUAGGAGCAACCGUGAAAGACACAGAUGUUUUUCAUUUGGUAUUGGAGAAGGAGCUUCCACUAGCCUAAUAAAAGGCAUUGCCCGGGUUUCACGGGGUACUUCAGAAUUUAUCAUAGGCAAGGAGAGGAUGCAGGCCAAGGCUCUUAGAGCCCUGAAACGUUCUCUACAACCUGUGGUAGAGGAUGUUUCUUUGAGCUGUGAUUUGCCUCAAGGCCUCUCUGCUAAAAUGCUUUCCCCAGAACAGACUGUCAUCUUCAGGGGUCAGAGAUUAAUCGUCUAUGCGCAGUUGACUGGGACAAUGCCGUCCGCAGAGGCAACAGGAGAAGUUUGCCUCAAGUACACACUACAAGGCAAGAGUUUUGAGAAUAAGGUGACAUUUUCUCUACAACCCAAGUAUGAUGACAACUUCACCAUUCACCGACUUGCUGCCAAGUCUUUUCUCCAGACCAAGGACAUGGGCUUCAGGGAGACUUCAGCAGGUGAUAAAAAAGAGGUGUUGGAAGUCAGCAUUGAAAGUGGAGUCAUAAGUUCCCACACAGCUUACAUUGCCAUCAACAAAGAUCUGAACAAGCCAGUUCAGGGGCCGCUGGCUCGUCGUGACAUUCCAACGCCAUUUCUGUUGAGCACUACUGCAAUGACACCAUGGAAACGAGCAUGUACUCGUUCAAAGGCCUCGUCCUACUACCGUCUUCCUGCAUCUGAGCCCACGAUGAUCACUCAUUACUCGAGCAUGUCACACCAGCAGAAUGGUCAUGGUACCCGUAGGUCCCUGACUAACAAGAUCCUGUUCUCUUUAGGUGAGCAUGAUUCAGGGACUUUUUCUCACCAGUGUUUGUUUACCACACAUAUAGGACUAGACAGAUCCCACGCUCUUGGUCAUAGACAAAAGAAGAAAGGCCUGUCUCUCAAAGAGACCUCUCCUGAGCUGGAAAGGGCUCAUUCUUCCAACAAAAGGACCAACUUGGAAACUCACCAUCCAGUCUUUGGAGAAAAUUAUCUUGUGCAGCUGAUUUCCCUCCAAAAGGCAGAUGGUUCCUGGGAUCUGUGUGAAGGUCUGGCCAUCGUCCUGGGCAUGAAGUUACAAGACAUACGGGAUGCAUUCACUAUCAAGAAUGCUGAUUUAACAAGCUGGGCCACAGCCCUGGCGGUGCUCUGGCUGCAUGCCAAUGGUCAGGACUUGAAGUGUGAGUGGGAGCUUCUGGAAAGGAAGGCGGUGGCCUGGAUUCACAACCAUGCAGGCUCUGUCAGGCACUUGCUUGUGAAAAAUGCAAUCGCUUUCCUAAAAUCACCCGUGGAUCCUUCCGUCUUUGCCCUCUGAAGAUACCAUCCAGAAAAACAAGUGCCUCUUCUAUGCUACCGCCUUUUCCUCUGCCCUCUCUCGUGCUGUGAUGUAUUUUUGUAUUUUACUUCUUGUCCUAAAAGUAGUGGAUAUCCACCCCACCUUGCCUCUCUAUUCUGGGUUCCCUUUGGAACCUGUUCCCAUUCUUGGAGGACUUCAAAGCAUUCAUAGGCAAUAAUGUUCCUCAUAGGUUUUCCUAGAGAGACAACAUGAACAAUGGGUGACAUGGACUCUAGACUAAAGGCUGCAGGUUGAUGUUCAGGGAGUGCCUGAUUAGAGAAUUCUCUGUAUUUUAUUUGUUGAUUGUUUUUAUAUACUUCUCAGGAUUAGGCUUUUAAGAUAUAUAGUUUUCUAUUUUUAGAUAGGAGGAAGAGUUGGAGGGGAGGUAGAAAGCCAACAUUGGGCUGAAUAUAUAUAACCUUAAGAUCACAAAGAGAUGGACUCAAGAAGCCCAUGGUGAGAGUUGGCACUACUGGGGACCUCUUGACUGAUUCUGCUUGGGCUUUGCUGGCCUAUAUUCCAUGCCUUUCAACCUACUGCCUAAGGGACUUGGGUUGGGUUUACCUGACAAAGACAUGUUUUCCCUUAAUCAUUACACAAUUCAGUAAGAGGGCAAUAAUGGAAUCCUUAGUACUAACCUGAACCCACGAGGCUUCUAAGUCAGGAUGUGACCUAGUAUAAUAAAGGAAAAAGCAAGUUUGAAAGGCAAUUUUGCCUGAGACCUAAACCUAGACCAGUCACCCCAUAAGGAAGAAAGGAGCUCCCAAUGCUUCUGACUUAUGUCCUAUAUACCCUAUCCUAGUGAAAAUGACCCUAUUUGAUGUGUUGUCUCCUAAAAUACCAUUAUAUCAAUAUUAAAACAGCUAUCUCUAUACUGAA